UAUUAUUGGCUGAAUCUAGCUUCCACUAAUAAAUAUAUUCAUUUGAUUAGUAUUUAUGUUGAAGGUCACCAGAUAGAGCUUCCAUUUUGUUGAUGAAAGCGCCAUUUUCUUAUUCUGAGAAAAAUAUCGGCUCCGUUCGUUUCUUUUUUUGGGAAAUCACGGAGAGCUUGUACGUGUCUUAAAAUAUUUUCGUAAAAUAUUAUUAUAAGAAAAAUAUUUAUAUUGGCUGAAAUGCCUCCUGUUAAGCAUUAUUCGUCUAGUGAAGUGAAUCAGUAUGAAUUAUCAUCAAGACUUUUAUCCCUUACUGAAAAUAAUACAUCUUAUACUCUUACACAAAUAAAUGGCCAAAGGAUCUACAGGAAAGCUCCUAAUGCGUGGAGUGGUCCUGAACCUUCGAGGAAUUGUGAGGUGUUCAUAGGAAGAAUUCCUCAUGACUGCUUCGAAGAUACUCUUGUGCCGCUGUUCCGUCAAGCUGGCGAGCUGUUUGAGUUCCGACUAAUGAUCAACUUCUCUGGCUGGAAUAGAGGGUAUGCCUUCGCGAUGUACACUACUGAUGCCGAAGCGAGCAAUGCUAUUCGCAUGUUUAACAACUACAUGAUAAGACCGUCCUGGCAAUUGGGCGUUUGUCCAUCCAUCAACAACUGCCGCAUAUUCAUAUCUCGCAUACCGCCGACCACUCCGUCUGCGGAGAUCGUUCGUUUGCUGUACGCAUUGACGGACGAAGUGCAAGAGGUGCGCAUUCGUCGGUCGAUUGCCUCGUGCGCGGCUAUCGUGGAGUACAAGUCUCAUCGCGGUGCUGCGAUGGCCAGGAAGGCUCUUGUAGCAGCCGCCGCUGCUGCCUGGGGCUGCGGGGCUAGGCCUGCUGUGGACUGGUCGCUGCCGCAGUCCCCGCAACUGCUCAAACAAUAUCGAGAGGUGGGACGAUGGACCCCCGAGCGUGGCGUGGAGUUGACUCGCGCACCUGAAGAGCCUGCUACGACUUCGCCACCCCCCGCUGCGCCUUCCUAUACCUUGGAGCCGUGGUCCCAAGCUCGUCGCCUGCGCAUGAUUCACGAGGCUCAACGCAGUGCCGCUGCUGCAGCUGAGUGGUCAAACCGCAUUAACAACGGCAUGGAGUCUCUGGUAUCAUCGAUGACAUCGCUCGGGUUUGGCGGAGGGCUGGGGCUGGCGGGGCGCGAGGCGGGCGUGUGGGCCCCGCCGGGCGCGGCGGCGGCCCCGCGCCUGCCGCCGCCGCAGCCGCGCGACUUCAACCCCUGGACCGCGCGCCACCCGCUGCAGGAGUUCAUCACUCCCGGCAAGGACUCGCAGUGAGUGCCGCUCCGACCUCCACGGGACAGUUCUACAUUUGCAUUGAUUGAUCAAUAAAUUAUGAGUAUGUUACUGGCAUCUAUUGCAUUGCUGGAAACUUGUUGAAACUAUUUUUAUGUGAAUUGAAACGGCGGGAUUAUUUGCAUUACGUAAAUUAUACCUGUUACGUUGAUUUUAUCAAUUUGCUGCCUUUUUGUCUUGUUUUAUGGAAAUGACCCUCAUUACUACUAGUUAAAUGAGGUUUAACUUGUCAAUGCGCUGGUUGUACAACUGUCCCGUGUUCUAAUUUUCGUUUAUUUUUGUUGAUGUUGAUUAAUUUAUUGCAUGAUUAAGUGUCCAAUGUUUGUCUCAUUAGCAUUGUGUUCGCUGUGAGGUUUGGUGGAGUGUAGGAGAUAACUUUGUGUAUGCUUUCCAGAUAGGGUGCAUUUUCAAAAGGUUCGAAAUUAUCUAAAAGCGUCAGGUUUUGCGGUCCAAGACUCGACUUAUUUAUUCCUGAAUAACAAGUUACGGAAUCAUGUCGAUUUUAUUUCAGGCUGCAACUUAAUGCUUUAGAAAAUGCACUUUUAUCUUGCUUUUGUGGUUAAUGUUUGUCUGUUUUACAAAUGUUUAGAAAUGGGUCUAGUUUCUGAAUAUUAACCAUUCGUUUAUUAUUAGGGUUCCGUAGCCAAAAUGGCAAAAACGGAACCCUUAUAGUUUCGUCAUGUCCGUCUGUCCGUCUGUCACAGCCGAUUUACUCGGAAACUAUAAGUACUACAGUGAUGAAAUUUGAUGGGAAUAUGUGUUGUAUGAACCGCUACAAAAAUAUGACACUAAAUAGUAAAAAAAAGAAUUGGGGGUGGGGCCCCCCAUACAUGUAACUGAGGGAUGAAAUUUUUUUUUUCGAUGUACAUACCCGUGUGGGGUAUCAAUGGAAAGGUCUUUUAAAAUGAUAUAAAGUUUUCUAAAAAACAUUUUUCUUAAAGUGAACGGUUUUUGAGAUAUCAGCUCUCAAAGUCGUAAAAAGUAUGUCCCCCCCCCUCUAUUUUUAUAACUACGGGGUAUAAAAUUCUAAAAAAAAUAGAGGUGAUGCAUGCUAAUUAACUCUUUCAACGAUUUUUGGUUUGAUCAAAGUAUCUCUUAUAGUUUUUGAGAUAGGUUGAUUUAACUGUAAUUUACGGAACCCUUCGUGCACGAGUCCGACUCGCACUUGGCCGGUUUUUUUUAAUACAAAAUGCUGCUGACGUAAAUGCCGAUACAAUACUCAACGAACGAAAUUGCCAUUAUGUUCAUGCAAUAUUAUCCUCUCUUCAAUUAUGUAUGUUUACGUAGAUGGCGCAGUUUUCUAGUGCAGCACAAUUGUGCUCAAUUAUACUGGAUUAUUUUUCAUUAUUGCCUGAAUCAAUUAUGAUCAAAUUAUACAUAAGGUUUUAACAGAUUACCUAAUGUAUUCCAACAAUUAUGAAUAUGUUCCAUUGCCCUUUGAAGGAGCAUUCGUAUUUUCCUUGGUAUAUUUCCCGUUUUCUUAUUGCACAAGUCGAACUGGAUUGUCUCUUGCACUCCUUGUAAGGCAUAAGAGAGGUAAAUUUAGAAUUUAAUUUUAGACAUUAUUUUAAUUUAAUCCUAAAUGUAUUUUAAUUAAGAAUCCAAUUGAAUGGCAUAAUUAUUUAUGUAUUAAAUUUGAAGCUUUUAUAAGGCAGCAUCGAUAUAUUUUAAGCAUGAGUCUACAAUAUUGUUUUAAUGUUAUAGAUAAUAUGAAUUAAGGGCAACUGCGGGCCGCCCGCGCCAGGGCGGCCGCCAUAGGAUUAUUGCACUACUGGCAAUCCGCAUUUUUUGAUGUUUUUUCAACGAAAUAAAUAUUCAUGUUAUUGUACUAUCUGUGUAUGAAUAAGUCUUAUUUAAAAUCAGGUUUUAAGUAAAUCAAUUUGGAACUGUUUUCUCAGCAAUGAAUAAACUCAGCAUUAUGAAAUUAUCUACAUGCGAUGAACAAAAUCUGAACAUUUUGUAACGAGACAAUAUGAAUUUAUCUCUCGAUGUUUUAUGAGAUUUUUAAAUAAUAUUGCAUGCCAGUAUUGAUUGAUUAAUAAAUUUAAGUAUAAUGGUUUAAUGUC